UCAUGCAGAAAGAGAUAGAAAGGCUGGGUCAGGUUCAAGGAUGCUAAGAGCAUCUCAUAUAAACCUUGGUUCGUUAAUUAUCGAGCACCUACUAUGUGCUUGACGCUGAGCUGGCACAGGAUAGAGACACAAGGCCCAGGCACUAACUUUGGGGGGCCCCCUUAGUCAGACAAUGCAAAGCCUUCCCUACGGAGGGUCAUCCUAGAAGCAGAAAUGAGGGAGUUGGUGAGUAGGCCUGUGGGUAUCGGACCACGACAGUCAAAGCUUUGUUCAUUCUUCUAACCAUAAACCAGGCUCAUUGGCAGGCCCCGGGAAUCCAAGAGCAAUGAAGGAAGACAGAUGUCCUUGCAGCUGCGAGAGGUAGGGGAGGGAGGAAAGGCUUUCCUCAGAGAAGGGCUAUGACGCCCGCUUGACAUACGGUGUGAACUUGAGCAGCAACCCCUGGGCCACUGCUCGGCCAGCUCGGUUGCUAAGGAAAGCUGCGUGCUGCACGGCGUUGCCUGGGCCUCCAACAGCUGGACCCGUCCAGCCUCUGAGCAGGUGCGUUUUGGCCCCUGCUAAGGGAGCCACAGGAGAUGCCGUAAAAGGUAGGUGGGGCCAAGCUCUGGAGAGUUUUAGGCGGCUUCUCCUUCCAUUCAAGGACAUUGGGGUUUUCGGACUGUAAAAUUAGACCAUCUUUGUUGGCAUAUCACAAUCUCCUGGGUUGGCCUGCAUUUUCACCACUUUAUUGCAGCCUUGAAGCAGGGGCGCUGAAAUUUUCUGACUCAUUUCAAGCCAACAGGAAGAAGAAUUUAGGGAAGAAAAUUACAUUUUUAGAAUACCUGAAGAUUUUAAGGAUUUCUCGUCCUCUGGGAAAAUCACAUGGUCCAGAAAAACAAAACAAGAAUCGGAGAGACCAGCCUGGCUUCCCUGCUUCUGGGGAGUCAUUUCACACCACUAGAACCUUAGUUUGAUCUUUUUUGGAAAGAGGGAUAAUAAUUGUUUUCAUCAUAGGGCUGUUGUAACAAGCUCCUCCCUUCUCUCUCAGCCCCUGACGACCACCGUUCUGCUUUUUGUCUCCAUGAAUUUCACUACUCUGUACCUCAUAUAAGUGGAAUCAUACAGUGUUUAUUUUUUUGUGACUGGAUUAUUACGCUUAGCGUAAUGUCCUCCAGGUUCAUCCAUGUUGUCGCAUGUGCCAGAAUUUCCUUUUCGAUGUGGAUAAUAUUGUAUACAUACAUCACAGUUUUCUUAGCCAUUCAUUCGUUGACGGAAGCUUAGGUUGCUCCUACCUUUUGGCUAUUGUCAAUAAUGCUGCUGUGAACACAGGUGGACAGAUACCUCUUCGAGAUCCUGUUUCCAUUCUUUCGGGUAUGUGCCCACAAGUGGGAUUGCUGGAAUACGUAUGUGGUAAUUCCAUAUUUAAUUUUUUGAGGAACUGCAAUACUAUUUUCAAUAGUGGCUAGAUGCUAUUAUUUUGAAGGCCAGACUUCAGCACAAAAGUGACUCCAGACAAGAACCUCCUUGGCCUCCUCACUGCCAGGAGGAGAGAGGUUGGCACGUGCUCCAGCGCUAUCUGGUGGUGAGGCUCUCAGAGCCUCCUCCGUCCUCACCUGCCGCUGCUCACGCCUGCGGUUUUGGGUUCUGCUGGACCUGAAGCUGUGUCCUCGCUCUGAGCUAAAGCUUAUUUGCAGCAUCCUUAGUACUUGGCAGUGUGCCUUUCAACUCGAAAUCAUUAACCUGGAUAAAUUACUCAAUUACCUGUUUUAAAUUGGAAUCCAAAAUCUGUUAACUCUGAAAAUGUGUCCAAUUUUCUUAAACAUUAUACAUACAUCAAAGUUAAACAUAGUAUUUGUCUUGACUUCAACAUAAAAAUAUUAAGAUUAUGGGUUUGACUUUGUCAUCUUUAUACUUAUUCCUAAGCCUUCCUGAAAUUGUCAAUUGUUACUCAGGGCCCGAUUUUACAACCUGAGGAAAGAUAAAUGGGAUUGUCCACUAGAUGAGCUGGCAGCCUGGCAGUGAGUGGCCGAGACCGGUGGCCACUUCCCAUGAGGUCCCUAGGUGCUGUCGGCAUUGAAUGCAAGCCCCAGCGUUCUGCAGCCUAAGAUGCCUGUCUUUGCUACUCACUCUGAGGACCGCAAAAGUCCUCUUUGUUACACGCUCAGUUUGAAGCUCCCUACCCCCUCCCACCGUCCCUAUAAAAAGGGAGGACAGCUCAACUCCAGCCUGUCUGAGCCCAGCACACCUCCCCACGGGCUGGAGAGACUGGACGGGGCAGGGCAGGGGUGGGGCUGCUGGCUGCGAGCCUGCAGCUGGUGACUCCUCCAGUCUCCACCAGGUGAUGCUGGUGGCGCACGCCAGACAUUUUUCUGAGCAAUUUUGGGUUACUUUCCCAUAGAGUUGGGAUUUUCCUCACCGUAGGCUGAAAUUGCUAUUGACCAAAGAUUUCGGCCAAGACUUCAACUCCAGAGCUAAAGUCAUCCUAGAUGACCUUGGGUUGGGGUCGAGUUCAGCUCUAAUAGUCACUAGAUCUCUAGGAUCUGUAAAUGGGGUGGUCUCAGCUCAUGCCCCUGGAGCCUAGAAGUGCCUAAUUCUCAUCUCGAUCUGACUUUGCAGCCCACAUCAUGGCUGUCCCAGCACGAGGCCGUGUCCGUCCAGCGCACAGACGUCCGUCUGGAGUCCAUGCUGCGUCCUGAUCCUUGGGAUAACUGAGCCACGUCUCGUGCGGAUGUUAAUCGAGUUCUGCUUCUCACAGCGGUUUUGUUCGGACACUGAGCUGCAGUCAUGCUAGGGAAAGGGAGCAGAAUUGGGCAGAAGAGUGGGUACAGGGAAAAAAUAACAAAAGAUAACUCUAAACAAGUGUCAAAGGCCAAAUGCGAAACUUGCCUUGAGUCUUGGCUCUUCCUCUGAGUCGCUUGGCAAAAGCCACGGCCUCUCCCCUCACCUCGGCUUCCUCCUCUGCAGAAUCGGACCCUAUUUCUGACUCAGUGUGUGGUCUUUCUGCAGUAACAUCCAUCAUUCUUCUGUCCCUCCCUGAAAAGCUAGGAGGGGAGCUGGCCAGGACCCCCCCAUGGACAUUGGCCCUGGAUGAGCAGGCCCCUGUGGGAGGGCGGGAGUGGCCUCUGGUAUACUCCCAGCCCCUCCUGCCUGGGGCAAAGCAAGAAAGCCAACAACUGCAGGACUUACAGGGAACUUUUCCUCUCUGUUUAUCUGUAAGAUUGAGUAAACAAUUCCUAGAGUUGGUGUGAGAAAUGAGAAACCCGCGCCAGGUUUCCGUGGUGUGGGCAGGUGCCCACACAGUGCCUGGCACGUACUCAGCCCUUGGUCCACGCUGGCUGCUUUGCUCAGGAUCCAAGCAGAAAACAGGCCUGCUUUCUGUUUUCAGACUUGUUGGUGUCACCAUGACACUGGCCUUCCCAUGCAAGUCCUCCAUUUGGACAGAAAAAGAUCUAUUGUCAAGAGGAAAUUAGCAGGGGGAGAAAAUAGCAUGGUUCUGUCCGCUCGCUGCCACAAACUUCUGGGUCCACCCAAACGGCACUGACCACUAGUGAUGCGCCUCCUUGGCAGGUCACCGCAACCCAAAAGCGCUGGUGCUGUCCCUGCCACCAGGGACAAGUCUAGAGAGAGACCUGAUCAAAAGGGAUCGGGGAGACAGGAACACAGUGUCUGAGCAGUGGGCUGAAACCCUCCCCCAGGUGCCAUGGGACAAGCAAGCAGGGGACAGUGGACUCUGGGCAAAGAUGCUGGAGGGCUUUUCAGAGGAAGUGAUAACAGAUUUGGGCUUUGAAGGAUGAAAAUGCUUUUUCCAGGUGGCGGAAGCUGGUGCUCCUGGCAGAAGGGUCUAUGUAAGCAAACGGAAGCCAAAGUCUGGAAGCCACAUGCACGUGGCAUCAAUGGCAGUUAUGCAAUGCUGGGAACAGCUGCCGACUGGAUCUGCACAUUAAGAACGACUGGAUCUUCUUCCAAGUCAGCCGGAGGAAGAUUUCUUGGUGAGCUGGGGAAGAGAGCAAAAGCUUUCCUGAAGACGUUGAAUUUUUACUGAACCCAAUGUGCAGAGAGGAACCGAAAAGCCAGCUGAUGGGUCAUGCCAGGAAGGAACCUGUGGCUGAGGACGGUUUAUCCGGGAGUGAGGCAGGCGCGCUACAUGAAGUCUUGACCCAGGUGGAAACAGGCAUGGCCGUGGAGGAGGAAGACAUGCCCGUGGAGGAGGAAGACAUGCCCGUGGAGGAGGAAGACAUGCCCGUGGAGGAGGAAGACAUGCCCGUGGAGGAGGAAGACAUGCCCGUGGAGGAGGAAGACAUGCCCGGAAAAGAGCUGCUGGAUAGGGAGCGGUUUAUGACUGAGUUUCCUCAGGUGAGACAGGAGCUUGAGGAAUGCAUAAGAAAGCUCCGCGAAUUAGCAGACCAAGCUGACAAGGUAAACAAGCGCUGUACCAUCUCCAAAAUUGUGGCCAGUUCCACCGGUGUCGUGUCUGGCAUCCUGACCAUCGUUGGCCUGUCUCUGGCACCUGUGACAGCAGGGGCCAGUCUGGUGCUUUUGGCAACUGGAGUAGGACUGGGGACAGCAGCUACUGUGACCGGUGUGUCCGCCAGCAUCGUGGAAAACUCAAACAGCUCCACGGUGAAAGCCAAAGCCAGUCACUUACUGUCAACUGGCAUUAACAAAAAGGAGAUAGUCCAAGAGGCUCUACGUCACGGCACACCCCAAGUUGCUUCCGUAACAGGAAAAUGCAUCAAGUCUGUGAAAGACAUUGUGGAGAACGCCAAGGCCAUCAGGAUGGCCCAAGCCAACCCUCUGUUACUAAGCGAGGCCAAGAGCUUCAUGACCACGGGGACAGUGUCAGUCAGAAGCAGCAACCAGAUUCAGAAGGCUUUUGGAGGCACCGUGCUGGCAAUGAGCAAAGGAGCCCGGAUCGCGGGUGUGGCCCUUGCAGGUGUCACACUUUUGCUGGAUACGAUCAGCCUCGUGAAGGAGUCAAAGUACCUGCACGAGGGGGCAAAGAUGGCGUCGGCCGAAGAGCUGAGGCAGGAGGCCCAGACGCUGGAGAAGCAGCUGGAGAUCCUCACCAUGAUCCACGAGCUCCUGCAGAGAGCCUGACUCCACAGCCCCACAGGGACAAAGGCACGGCGGCGCCUGGUCAGAGAGAAAGAGGGCGCCGCAAAUGGGCCACAGAGAAGGAAGGGACGUGGAACCUGGAAUAAGGGAGGAGAGGGGACUCGAGGGCGAGGGGGGUAGGGAGAAACUGUUUAUUUUGGACUGAAGAAGACAUUAGGGUCACGAAUAAAGCAAGAGGCGUGGAGGAGAAAGCAACGAGGAGGCCAGCGAUACGAAAAUGUUGACAACGGGAGAAAGCUCGAGUCUGAAGUGCUGGAACAUGGGAGAAGUAACAGUGGCUCCUCUGUGGAUCGCCCCGUGUUUCGACGUCCCAGCAAGAACGGAGUCCUUCCCUGGCGGUGGUGGCCUUCAGCCCGACUUUCCAGCGUCGCCUGACCUUUGUCUCGCAGCAGAGUUCUCUUAGUUAGGCAGUGGCUUCUUUCCUUCUUUAAUUUUUAAUUUUCUUAUCAUUUUUUUUUCAAUUACAGUUGACAUACAAUAUUAGUUUCAGGUGUACCACAUACUGAGCAGACCUUUCCGUGCCUUAUGAAACGAUCGCCCCGAUAAGUCUAGUCCCCAUCCGACGCCAUACAUAGUUAUUGGGAUAUUAUUGACUCUACGCAGUGACUUCUCGAUGAAGAUGAUGGUGGUGACGGCAGAGUGGGUGGAAACAUCUGGCAAGUUGCCGGUGUCCUUUGGGGCCAGGGCACUCUGAGGGACCAGUGAAAUUCCCGCGAAACUCCACACGCUGUGUUGGAAGAGUGAAUGAUUUGAAAAAAAGAAAAAACAGUCAAACAAGAUGGCGGUAACAGGUCAAACGAGUCGAGGAGACCUACCAGCUUGGGGCCAAGGGACAUAGUCUCUCCGAGCCUCAGUUUUCUCAUCCCCUGGCGGGGGGCGGGGCGCUGGACAAGAUGAUGUUUUAGAUCCAUCGGGCUCUCUCCCUAUCUUGUGUUCUGUAGACUUUGGUUCAAUAAACAUGGGCUGAUACACUGA